AUGAACGAAACCCAAAAACAAUCACUAUGCCCCAGACUAAUAGACUAUUUGGCCAUUGUUGGCUCAAGAAGUGGCCCAAGAACGGUGUCACGUGGGAGCAGGACUUUGGCUGGCCAUCUUAUGCAGCAACCUGAGUUAUUGAGGAGGUAUCCGUUACAAGAUCAUGAGGACUUUCCUUUGCCUUUGGAUAUGGUUUAUUUUUGUCAACCAGAAGGAUGUGUUUCUAUGCCUUCGAAAAGGAAUACCAAGUCGGAGAUUACUAGUUUUGUUUUUGCUUUAACCGACAAAGACUCAGGAAAAACACGUUAUGGAGUAUGUGUAAAUUUCUAUAGACAAGUAGAACGUGUAGAAACUAGACAACAAUCUACAACUGGUGUAGAAACACAAUCCAGUCAAAAAACUUCAAGAGCAACCUUACCAGAAAAAGUUACUGACUCUCCUACCUCAAGAACCAAAUUAUCAGCCGCCGAUUCUGACGAGAACGUUUCAAGAAAAAACUUGGCAGCAUCUGAAUUAGUGAACCAGAAAGUCGCAAAACAAGUCCUCGUCUCAAUGAAAAAAAAAAUAAAAACAACACGCAUAUCAUCAUUAACCUCUUUGUGCAUCCUUAGUCACCAUCCAUUUUUUUCAAAAUUUCGUGAAAUUUUAUUGCUGUUAAAAAAUUUAAUAGACGCUUGUGAUACUACAUACAUUCCUAGAAGGAGCAGUUAUCGACAAAUUGGCAGGGAAACUGUUUGGACGCUUUUAACCGGUGCAAGACGUCCUGUGGAAACCCAAAAUGCAUCUUCAAUAGUUUUAAACGACGCUCGUGAAAUUGAGACAUGGAUUUUGAGGCUUUUGUCAGCACCAGUGCCUGUUCCUGGAAUAACUCGUGUCGAAUUGGAGAUUUUAUCACCAGAAACAAACGAACCGUUAAUUUUUGCCUUACCGGAUCACACGCGUUUUACUUUGGUAGACUUUCCAUUACACUUACCUCUGGAACUACUAGGUGUGGACACUUGUCUGAAAGUUUUAUCUCUGAUUCUGUUAGAGCACAAAGUGUUAGUUCAAUCAAGGGACUACAAUGCAUUAUCAAUGUCUGUGAUGAGUUUUGUAUCAAUGAUUUACCCAUUAGAAUAUAUGUUUCCGAUAAUACCUCUUCUGCCGCCUUGUAUGAGCUGUGCAGAACAACUUUUGCUGGUUCCUACACCAUUUAUAAUCGGGAUUCCAGCUUCGUUUCUGCUUUAUAAAAAACAAUUUAGGUUGCCUGAUGAUGUAUGGUUGAUAGAUUUGGAUUCAACAAAAUUGACACCUCCACCAAGGUUUGCUAAUGAUUUGCCUCAAUUACCAGAACCAGAGGCAUCGAUAUUGAAGAAUCAUCUGAAACAAGCUCUCAACAGUAUGACAGUUACAGAUAACUCGCUGUUUAGUAGAGACAAUAUGACUACAUCGACUCCACACAAAUUGAGUGGAAAUGCAAACUCCCAAAAUUACCAAAUAAACCAAAUGCCCAGCAAUGGACAAGUUAGACACGACAGAGACUUUGAUGACAAAAAAAUUCUCGGCGAAAUUCAGUAA